UCCAUACGCAGGCCUGUCAUCUUAUGGUCCCGUUACAUACUUGAGAAGAGGAUAUACGCCAACAUGUACUAUGAUAUCCCAGGAAUCUAGUCAUCUACAUGUUGACAUGCAUGCAAAUGCUGUAUAAUAGUAUAACUCUAAAAGAAAUGCAUAAGAUGGGUGUCAUGUGCCAAGUACAAUGUUGCCAAUACAAUAUCAACAGAUCUCGAGGCUGCUACAACUAUAUUCCAAGACACGAAUUGAAGUUGAUGAAAUUGCAUCAGUUAUGUCUUUGGAAUUGAUACAGCAUGCUUCCAGGAACCCACUUCUGAAACCUUUGCUCAUUUUAUAUGGAAAACAGGCCCCCCAGCAAGUAAUCACAAUAUAUGGUAGUAGGACAUGUCACAUGAUGAGCUACUGGCUAUGCUACUUAUAAAUCAACAAUGAUCUGAUUGUGCUUUCUUAAAUGUUAAACACCCAAUGCAUCAUCCUUUUUUUGUGCACAACAGCAACGAAAACAACACAAUUAAAGCAAGGCUUAAGGAGCACACCUUGUUCAAAAAAAGGAUUAAGGAAAACAGAGUGUAUCAAUGUGACUGCUGAAUGCUGAUUGCCCAAGUAGCAGCUAGCGGCUUAAGUCAACAACAUGGAUCAACAGCCCUUAUCUUAGUGUGGAGGACACCAAUACCCUUGCCCCCGGGCGCAUGACAUGUGCUCUACGUCGCAUACCCAAAUUAUCUAAGGGCAGAUUAGUCCUUUCCACUCGAAUAAUCUAAUCCUGACCUAGGUUUAGACACCGGAUUUCAUGGCCUUUAUAUAGAGGAAGCUGUGUUCCGGUGACCAGACAUCCUUGACACAGGAAACCCCAAGGACCAAGCUAGGGAGGAGAGGCAGAUAGCUUUGUCUCCCUCCUUCCCACCUGCACCAUCCUACCCCAAUUCUAUCUCAAUCCUAUCAAUGGGGAGGUCUCCUUGCUGUGACGAGAAUGGCCUCAAGAAGGGGCCUUGGACACCCGAAGAGGACCAGAAACUCACGGACUACAUCGAGAAGCAUGGCCAUGGGAGCUGGAGAGCACUGCCUAAGCUUGCAGGACUCAACAGGUGUGGCAAGAGCUGCAGACUGAGAUGGACCAACUACCUGAGGCCAGAUAUCAAGAGAGGAAAGUUCACACCCGAGGAAGAGCAGACCAUCCUCCAGCUCCACUCCGUCCUUGGCAACAAGUGGUCAGCCAUCGCGAAGCACCUCCCUGGACGGACCGACAACGAGAUCAAGAACUUCUGGAACACUCACCUGAAGAAGAAGCUGAUCCAGAUGGGCUUCGACCCGAUGACGCACCGACCGAGGACCGACUUCUUCGCCGCGCUGCCACAGCUCAUCGCGCUAGCCAACCUCCGCCAGCUUGUGGAGCAGCGCCCGUGGGACGACCAAAGCGCCAGCCAACUGCAAGCCGAUGCAGUCCAGGCAGCAAAGCUCGAGUACUUACAGUGCCUGCUGCAGUCCGCAGCAGCCAUUGCGACUAGUCCCAGCUCCAGCAGCAUCAACACCAUCCCCACUGACCUACAGCAAAUCGGCCUCCUGAGUCCUUCGCAGAUGUCUUCCUUGUCUUCGCUGUCAUCUCCAAGGAUCCUGGAGGGUAUUAAUGGCCAAGACUUGGUAACUGGGCAAGUGUCUGACAUCCAGAUACCUAGUAGCUCAUUCUUCGAACACGAACAGCCUAUCAUCAAUGGUACCAACCAGAACUCAGAUUACAGUGCAAACAGCGGUGAGGGGGAGAAUGGCACCCAGAAACCGUUGCUCCUGUCAGAGGACUCCCUUCCGCCACUUGCUGACUUCCCUAUUUCCAACCUCGGCGAUGCUUGCAGCACCUCAAGCUGUGACGCUGAGGGCAACGGCACCCAGCUCCCUAUUUGGUCUGACUCAUUUUAUGAUGAGUUCAUGAGCGAGUUUGCAUGAGUUCUGACUGCAAGUGUGUGCUACUCUUUGGUUUGCUUUUUCAAUUUUAGUUUCUCACAUCUUACCUCUUAUUUGUGAUGUGAUUUCCAUUAUAGUGCUGUAGCCCCAGUUGGAUUUUUUAGCGCUAUAGCUUUCAGCGUGCAUUGGCAACCCAUAUGCUCCUAUGCAUAUACAGUAUAUGCCAAAACACUUGUACAUAUAGACCUGCCCCUAUAUAAAUUUUCCAGCUUGAAUUUUGUGCGA